AUGCGAGAUGAAGGUUUCGACGCUGACGCGCUGACGAAUGGGGAUGUUCCAAACGAAAUUCACAAGCUACUAUCAGCGACGUCAGCAGAUCCGACGACGCCCGUUCUGGACUGGUGGAAGGGAAAAGGUCUGCCUGAGCCAUCGUCGGGGCAAAUGCACAUGUUAGUGAAGAUCCCGGCUCGGUAUCACCCUCACCCAUGGUGUCUCGAUGUAGCAGUCUACGACGCGAUGGACACAGCGAUCGUACGUCUGCUAUAUCGGUCGUCUGCCGAAUACAACGGGUACUACAACCCUAAGCUUCGCUCGGCCGGCAGGAAUAUUUUAGUAUGGUACGAAGGCACAACGCUAAACGCACGUGUCCUGUUUAGGAGAGAGAGAACAGCUUUAUGUUUUAAAAGUGACUUGAACGAAGAAAUUGUUACGGAGAUGUCUCCUCUUGAAGGACUAACAAUCCAGACAGAAGUAACUGAAGUGGCUGGCGAGCCAACAGAGUUGCAUCCCGUCGGAUACUUCGAUUAUAGCUCGCUGCCGAUCGAGUUUCCAGACGGAGUAUUGUCUUCGAUGGUGGACCGCACCAGUGAUGAGUUUAAAUAUCAGCGAAUCGAGCACGAAGACAUUUUCGGGCCGUACGGAAUGGCUUACAACUGGUGUUUGGUGACAAGAAACAACUGCCAGCAACGCCCCAGUUAUCGCAAAUAUUUGCUGGAUAAAAGCUGUCGACUAGCUUUAUCGUAUGCUAUGUCUGGAUGGUAUCAUGGGUACUCAUGUGACGUCCCAGUGAUGAACAUUCACAUCGAGUCGGUUUCAGAGCACCAUGUAGUCCAAGACAGAUUUGAGAUAAAGCUGGUAAUUCGGGCAAUCUGUAUCGAGCAUGGCAGACUUAUUCUGGAUCGUUUGAAAGAAGGAGUUGAGGUUUCUGCAGACGGACUGGAAAUGAGGACGUCAGUGUAUGUGACGAAUCCAAUUGGUUUUUGUGCUUGUAUGGACUGGAGGCAUGCUCAGAUCGCGGAGUGCUGGGAAGAAUUUCUGGGAGGAAGUUCAGACUAA